UCACUAACCAUCUACCUGGCACCUGGUACGAGUAUUGGCAUGCUGGCAACUAGUAAUAUAUCGGUAUUAUGGCUUGGCUUUGGAUUCUCAUCGAGGGGUCGAUCGCCCUAAUCUUGAUCUAUACGCUCUACCUUGCCGCGCUGCCAAGGCCUUUGCCAGGUAUUCCAUAUAACCAUGAGUCUGCCAAAAGACUCUUUGGGGAUAUUCCUCUUAUGAAAAGUGUACGAUACCGUCGGCAAUGGGUAUGGAGUCAGCCUCGGGAACAUGGAUCGCCAGUGUCUCAAGUCUUUCUGUUUCCGUUCCGCACACCGACAAUCAUCGUGUCCGACUACCGUGAAGUCAUGGACAUUUGCUCACGCCGGUCAAAGGAAUUUGACAGAGGGAUAAGGAAUAAAGAGUUGCUUGGCGUUGUGACUCCGAAUUUCCAUUUCGCAAUGCCAACUGCGGAUCCUCAAUUCAAGUUCAACAAGAAACUUGUUCGCGACCUCAUGACACCAAAGUUUCUCAACAAGGUCUCAGCGCCUCCCGUAUAUGAGAAAGCCACUGCUCUUGUUGCUCUGUGGAACCUCAAGGCAUUCAAGGCUCAUGGCGGCCCUUUUGAGGCAGGAAAUGACUUCUACUCAGCGACCCUCGACAUGAUAUGCGGUGUCGCCUUUGGUAUGGAGGAUACAAAGUCUGCGCUACGGCAUGAAAUUGCUCAUGUGCAGUCGACCAAUCCCACCUUUCCAACGAUGGAAGAUGGACCAGUCUAUUUUUCGCAAGCUCGAGCCAUACCGGAACUGGAGGCUCUCCUCGACAUCCCAAAAAUGGUAUCCAUAGCUCAAGCGAGUCCGUUUCCCACCUUUUCGCAAUUCCUUGCGUUGCUCAAACCAAAACAUGCACGAGCCCAGUGGAACAGGAGGGCUCUGGUAAAACGACAGAUAGAUCGGAGUCUACCGAGACUAACUUCAGCUGGUGCAGAAGGAUGCAAGAGCGCACUUGAUCAGCUAUUAUGGCGAGAGAUGAAUGCUGCCAAGGAGGCUGACCGGUUGCCGGAUUACUACUCGCCUGCAAUUCGAGAUGAGAUUCUUGGAUAUCUCCUUGGUGGUCACGAUACCACGGCCGCCAGCCUAUCAUGGUGGGUGAAGUUCAUGUCGACCUACCAGUCCGUCCAGGCUCGCCUUCGCGAUGCCCUACGACAGGCUCAUUCCGACGCUUACCGAGACUCUCGGUUUCCAACAAUGGAAGAGAUUUGUGGAACGUCAGUGCCUUACUUGGAUGCCGUCAUGGAAGAAGCCCUUCGCUGCGGCUCUGUUGCGACACUCAUUGCCCGAACAGCGACUUGCGAUACGCAAAUCCUCGGAUAUCCGAUUCCAAAGGGCGCUGAUGUCAUCUUAACCGUCACCGGCCCGUCCCUGACCGAGCCAGCUUUACCAAUCCCCGAGUCGUUGCGUUCUCCGGAGUCACAGGAGUCCAAAGACCGCGUUCCCAGUUGGGAAGACGAUGUAUCUGAGUUCAAGCCAGAGAGGUGGCUUAAGUUGGUUAAGAGUGCUGACGGGAGUAAAGAAGAAGAAGUCUUUGACCCGAAUGCAGGGCCGACUCUCAUUUUCUCGGCGGGCCCUAGGCAGUGCUUUGGGAAAAGGCUGGCGUAUAUGAAGUUACGAACAGUAAUGACAUUGUUAAUAUGGAACUUUGAGUUCCAGCUACUAGAUGGGUCGUUGAACAGUCCGGACAUUCAUGAAUGUUUUGUAAAUUUACCAAAGGAUUGUUACGUCAAACUUGCAAAAGUAUGA